AUGUUUAUAUAAAAUAAAUGCUUAAAAUUGAAUGGUGGAGCUAUAAGUAUUUAGAAUUCAGUUAACAUUGCUUAAGUACAUAUAUAUAAGUGUUCAUUUAUACUUAAUUCAGCUUCAUUUUCAACUGGUGGAGCGAUUAAUUUGUCAUACUCAAAUUUGAUAAUAGAAAAUUCUAAUAUUACUUCUAAUAAUGCGCUUAUAGGAGGUGGGAUCUACUAUGAAUAAGUUAUACCAGAUUUUGUAUUAGAAAAAUCAAAUAAUACUGCUAAUAAUAAAAAUAAAAUCAUAAACAAUAAUGCUAAAAUUUUUGGUCAUAAUAUAGGCUCAACUAUUAGGAAACUUGAUAUAGACUUAUAGAAUAUUAAAAUACCAAAUGGUAGUAUAAAAAUUUUGGGUGAAAGACAGAUAGAAAUAAGAGAGUUUAAAAGUGGAAAUUAAAUAACUUUUGAAGGAAUAUAAUUACUCGAUGAAGAAAAUAGUCCAAUUUUGACAUCAAAUAUAAAUAUAAAUGAAUUUUAAUUUUAUAGCAGUGAUGUUCAAAGUUUUAUAUAGUCAUUAUCUGUAUCUUUGAAUUGGGAUUAGUCAAAUAAGAAAAUACAGGUGAUAGGAUAAGUAUAAUCUAGGCAAUAUAUUAACAACGGAAUUAACUUACAAUCUUAGAUUAUGUAUACGCCUUAAAGUAAAAUGAAUCUGUAAAUAGUUUUAGAUAGUUUACCUAAAUUAAUUGACUCUUAAGGGAAUAUUUUCUUCAAUUAAGAUUAGUUUUAAAAAAAUUUUACAAUUAAUUUCGCUUCUUGUUCAAUCGGAGAAAUUACAAUGCAAUAAAUUGAGUCUAUAAUUUGCCAAGAGUGUCCAGAAGGAAAGUAUUCUUUGGAUCAAUACAGCACCUCUUGUAAAUAGUGUCCGGAUUCUGCUAAAUAAUGCUAUGGUUCUACAAUAAACUUAAUGAAUGGAUAUUGGAGAGAAAAUGAUAAAACUGAUAUAAUAAUAUAUUGUAAUAAAAAUCCAUAAUUUUGUUAAGCUGAGUCACCAGAUUCAAAAGUAAUUUUUUUCCUUUAAAAACAGGGUAUUUAAUCAUGA